AAAUUUAUUAACCAUUGUUUUGGCCAUAAUUUUGUUGACAAUUGAAGUAAAUAUUUGUGAAAAUAAGUCGAUAAACAAUUCGCGCGAAGCAAUUGCUAACAAGUCGAUGGACACCGACUUCAGCGAUUAUGAAUCGGUCGAUGAAAUCCUAAACAAGACAUUUGUCCGCAACUUUGACUAUUACGAUCAAACCACGGCUCGACCGAAGACUAAAAGGCCGACUAAAUCCGAGAAAAGUAUAGUUGAAUUACGAGAAAACAACGACAUGUUACCGACGGACAAAUCCGGUGCCGGCAGUGGCGGUGGCGGCGGAAAUCUGGUGACCAUUCUGGCCAUAGCAGGGGUCGCCGGUAUCGUUGUUGUCAUAAUUGUGACGGCAGUCAUAGUAUUGGUUGUGAGAAAAACCAAGAGUGACGUCAAACUUAAGGUUAGAAAUCUGGGCUCUCGGUUGUCAUUAGCUUCAAUACAGACAGUGGCCUCAAAUACAGGACAACCCGCCACUAAAAAGAAGUCACCAAAUAAGCCAACAAAGAAACAAAUUAAAAAAUAG